AUGUCAAUACGAAGUCAAAAGACACUGUCAGGAACAUCAAAGUCAUCGUUACCGAGAGCAUUAUCACAGACAUCAUCAAACAAAUCACGUCCAAGUAGUUUAUUAUCAUUAGGAAUACAUCGUGGUAGUGUUGCGUUUAGAAUUGGUAAAGCUGGUUUUAAGGUUCCAAGAUAUCAAAAUACUUAUCAGCUAGAAUCAACUAAUCCAUUCUCACACAAUAUUGUCGAUAAAAUAUUAAAAAAUAUUAUGACAACAAAAUUAACUGGCGUUACAUAUAAUCCAAUUAUUUGUCUGCAAUUGUGUCAAGAUAUUGCUAUACAAGUUAAAAAACAAAUUUACAAAGCUGAUUUUAAUCGAUAUAAAUACGUCGUAAUAAUAAAUAUUAUCGAAAAAACAAACCAAGGAAUACAUGAAUCAUUGGGAUUUAUUUGGGACCAUCAAAGAGAUUCAUAUUCAAAAUAUAUUUUUGAAAAUUCACAAUUUUAUGCAAUCGGAAUUGCAGCAGGUGUUUAUUAUGAAUAA